AUGGCGCUCCUCGCGUCCCUCCGCCUCUCCCUCCGCCUCCGCCCCCCCGCCCCCCCGCGAGCCGCACGUGCCCUCCACAUCUCCCCACCCCGCCUCGCCGUCGCCGCCCCCUCCGUUGGCGACUUCGCCCCCGACACCGACCCCGACACCGACGCGCGCGUGCUCAACUCGCCCUCGGCCCUCGCCCGCGCCCUCUCCUCCCGCGUCCUCCCAAAGCUCCCGCGCGCCGCCGUCUCCAAGGUCCUCGUCGUCGGCUCCGGCGGGCUCUCCAUCGGCCAGGCGGGCGAGUUCGACUACUCCGGCUCCCAGGCGAUGAAGGCCCUCCGCGAGGAGGGCGUCCGCGCCGUCCUCGUCAACCCCAACAUCGCCACCUGGCAGACCUCCCACCACCUCGCCCACGACGUCUACUUCCUCCCCGUCACCGUCGACUACGUCGCUUAUGUCCUCGAGAAGGAGCGCCCCGACGGCAUAUUGCUGACCUUUGGCGGCCAGAGCGCCUUGAAUGUCGGCAUCGAGCUCGACAGGAUGGGCGUGCUCGAUAGGCUCGGCGUGAAGGUCCUCGGCACCCCCAUUCGCACCCUCGAGGUCUCCGAGGACAGGGACCUCUUCGUCCAGGCUCUCAAAGAAAUCGACAUCCCCGCCGCGACCUCCACCGCCGUCUCCUCCGUCCCCGACGCCCUCUCCGCCGCAGCCCGCAUCGGCUACCCCGUCAUCAUGCGCUCCGCCUUCACCCUCGGCGGCCUCGGCUCCGGCUUUGCGCACAACGAGGACGAGAUGCGCGACUUGGCCGCGCGCGGCCUCAGCCUCUCGCCCCAGGUGCUGGUGGAGAGGAGCAUGAAGGGGUGGAAGGAGGUCGAGUACGAGGUCGUACGCGACGGCGCCGACAACACGAUCAUCUGCUGCAACAUGGAGAACUUCGACCCGCUUGGGACGCACACCGGCGACUCCAUCGUCGUCGCGCCCUCCCAGACGCUCACCGACGACGAGUACCACAUGCUGCGCUCCGCCGCGCUCAAGGUCAUCCGCCACCUCGGCGUCGUCGGCGAGUGCAAUAUCCAGUACGCGCUCAACCCGACUAGCCGCGAGUAUUGCGUGAUCGAGGUCAACGCCCGCGCCCUAGCCUCCAAAGCCACGGGCUACCCGCUCGCCUACACCGCCGCCAAGCUCGCGCUCGGCUACACCCUCCCCGAACUGCCCAACGCCGUCACAAAAACCACCACCGCGUGCUUCGAGCCCGCGCUCGACUACAUCGUGACCAAGAUCCCCAAGUGGGACCUCGCGAAGUUCUCCGCGCAGGUCGACCGACGCGUCGGCUCCGCGAUGAAGAGCGUCGGCGAGGUGAUGGCGAUCGGGCGCACGUUCGAGGAGAGCGUGAUGAAGGCGGUCAGGAUGGUCGAUCCGAGGUGGGUCGGGUUCGAGGUCGUCGCCGAGCGCGGGGGCGCGACGCGGGAGGUGCUGGAGGAGAGGCUGCGGAAUCCGACGGAUAUGAGGCUGUUUGAUAUUGCGCAGGCUAUGUAUGUUGAGGGGUGGUCGGUGGAGCGCGUGCACGAGCUCACGAAAAUCGACAAGUGGUUCCUGUACAAGCUCGAGAACAUCGUCAAGACGCACCGCGCGGUGAGCGCCGCGGGCUCGCUCGAGGCGCUCGAUAGGGACCUCCUGGAGCGCGCGAAGCGCAUGGGCUUCUCGGAUGCGCACAUCGCGUCGCUGAUCUCUGGGCCGACGACCACGACCUCGACCUCGACCGCCACCGCGCCGCCUUCGUCAGAAACGACUACGACUACGCCGCCGCCGCCGCCGCCGCCCGCGCCCACGACUGAGGUGGCGGUGCGCGCGCACCGCAAGGCGCUCGGGCUUACGCCGUUCGUCAAGCGGAUCGACACGCUCGCGGCCGAGUUCCCCGCGCACACGAACUACCUCUACACGACCUACAACGCGUCGACGCACGACGUCGCCUUCGACGCGCACGGCGCGAUGGUGCUCGGGAGCGGGGUCUACCGCAUCGGGAGCAGCGUCGAGUUCGACUGGUGCGCGGUCACGUGUGCGCGGACGCUGCGGGAGAUGGGCGUCCGGACGGUGAUGGUGAACUAUAAUCCGGAGACGGUGUCGACGGACUUCGACGAGGCGGAUAGGAUGUAUUUCGAGGAGCUGGGGUGGGAGCGCGUGAUGGAUAUUUAUGAGCUGGAGGGGGCGCAGGGCGUCGUUGUCAGCGUCGGCGGCCAGCUGCCGCAGAACAUCGCGCUCCGGCUGAAGCAGAGCGGCGUGAACGUGCUUGGGACGGACCCGGAGAUGAUCGAUAGGGCGGAGGACAGGCAUAAGUUCUCGUCUGUGCUGGACGCGAUCGGCGUUGAUCAGCCUGCGUGGACGGAGGUCACGAGCGUCGACGCCGCCAAGGCGUUCGCGGAGCGCGUCGGGUACCCGGUGCUCAUCCGGCCGUCGUACGUGCUCUCGGGCGCAGCGAUGAACGUCGUGCACGAGGCGCGCGCGCUCGAGCACAACCUCUCCGCCGCCGCGUCCGUCUCGCCGCUGCACCCGGUCGUGGUGAGCAAGUUCAUCGCGGGCGCGCAGGAGCUCGACGUGGACGCGGUCGCGCACGCGGGGCGGCUGCUCGUGCACGCCGUCUCGGAGCACGUCGAGCACGCGGGCGUGCACUCGGGCGACGCGACGCUCGUGCUGCCGCCCGUGACGCUGGGGGAGCGCGAGUUGGCGCGCGUGAAGGGCAUCGCGGAGAAGGUCGCGAAGGCGUUCGCGAUUUCGGGGCCGUUCAACAUGCAGAUCAUCCGCCAGGCGCGCGCGCCCGCCGAGGAGGGGCAGGAAGAGGAGUCGGCGCUGAAGGUGAUCGAGUGCAACCUGCGCGCGUCGCGCUCGUUCCCGUUCGUGUCGAAGGUGCUGGGGCACAAUUUUAUCGAGACGGCGACGCGGGCGAUCGUGGGGCGGGAGGUGCCCGCGCCGGUGGACGCGAUGGCGGAGGCGCGGGAUUAUACGGCGAUCAAGGUCGCGCAGUUUUCGUGGACGCGGCUUGGGGGCGCGGAUCCGUUCUUGGGCGUCGAGAUGGCGAGCACGGGCGAGGUCGCGAGCUUCGGCAAGGACGUGCACGAGGCGUACUGGGCGGCGCUGCUGAGCACGACGGGCUUCAAGGUGCCCGCCGCGCGCUCGGGCGUGCUCAUCGGCGGGGACACCGCCGCGCCGGAGAUGGCGGCGAUCGCGCGGACGCUCGCGGGGCUCGGCUUCCGGCUGUACUGCGCGACGCCCGCGGUGGAGGCGGCGCUGAACGCGCUGCCGUACGUGAGCGCGAAGCGGAUCGUGUUCCCGACGAAGGAUAAGCGGAAGCUGAGGAUGGUGUUUGAUGAGCAUGAUGUGCAGUGCGUGAUUAACCUCGCGAGUGGGAGGGCGGUGGAUGUGACGGAUGAGGAUUACGUCGCGCGACGGAACGCGGUCGACUUUGGGCUGCCGCUGCUCAACAACGCGCGCACGGCGCUGCUGUUCGUCGAGAGCCUCGCGAAGAAGAUGGAGGAGGGCGGCCUGCGCGGGUACACCGAGGGCAAGAUCCCGUCCGAGGUGCGCUCGUGGCGCGAGUUUGUCGGCCGCCGCGCGUGAGGCGCGGAACGGCGGAACGGGCGGAACGGAAAUUGAAAAGCGGGUGGAUGGUGAAAUGCGAACCGCGAAUCGCAGAACGCAGAACGCACAAAAAGCAGAUACUUCCGGGAGGGCGCGGGGCGCGCCCGGACGUGUGUUGCACACAUGGGAGCGAGCAAGCAAGCGCGCCUGAACGAUAUCUGUACGGCUUGCGGCGAGCACGCGCCUACAUACAUGCAUGCAUACGUGUUUUCUAAUCUAUUUCCUUGUUGUCUG